GGCCGGAGAGCGGUAGCUGACGGCGGCCAUGUUGUGAUGUGUUGCGGUGUCUCCUGGUUUUCCUUCCCCUCAUCGCCUUACCUUCCCCCGUCUGGUGUCCUGAGCGAGGCCGGGGGAGCACCGCGCGGACUGAGGAUCUCUUCUUACACCGUGUCUAUGUGAAACGGAAGACUCCGGAGCAACAUGGCCGCUCUGCUGGAAGAUGACGACUUUGAUCAGUUUGAUAAGCCUGGCGCAGAAAGGUCUCGAAGACGAAGAACCAAGGAUGAUGACUGGGACAGUGAGCUAGAAGAUGACCUUCUUGAGGAGGACUUCUUACCCGGGAAGAAGCCUUCUCUAGAUCUGUCAGAUGAAGAACUUAAUGAUGAUCUUCUCCAAAGUGAUGAAGAAGAGCUGGACUUAGUGAAUUACAGUUCACAAGGAGUAACAGUCAGUCUUAACGCCACCACCGGCGGAAUUUCAUCCUUUGAACUUUCUAAAAGCGUGAAUGAGGAGUGCGUAGCAGAGGGAGUAGAAUUUGAGGAAGAGGAGACUGAAGAAGCUUAUGAGGAAACUGAGGAACUGGAAACUGUUACUGAAGACGUGGUUGAGACCUAUGAAGAAAGCUACACUGAGUUAGCUGAUGAACAGGUAGAAUAUGAGGAGGAAGGAACCACGGAUGAGGUGCUGGACCUUGAGAUCAAUGAACCUCUGGAUGAAUUUCAAGAUGAAGAAUACUCGCAGUCCUACAAGAGACAGAAAGUUAGCGAAGAACAAGAACAAUAUGUGGAAGAGACACCUGAAGAUGUACAGGACCAGGAACCACAGGAGCUUGUGACUGAACCUGAAGAGGUGCUCAACGAAUCGCAAGAGCUGCCUGCAGACACUAAAGAAGCUUUUGAUGAAGAUGACGAAGAUGAGGAAGAGGAAGACAGUGGCCGUAUACGUUUCAAAACUGAACGUAAAGAAGGGACAAUAAUACGCCUUUCAGACACCAACCGAGAACGGCGAAACAUUCCAGAAACUUUAGAGCUUUCUGAAGAAGCUAAGGCUUCAUUGAUGGAGUUUGAAGAGAUGGAACGCCAGCGAAAGCUAGGGCGCUACGGCUCCAGAAGAGGUGGCAGGCGAGGGGGCAAUUAUGGCAUGUCCCGUGGCAUGGGAGACCACAGAAACGACAAUGACAGAUGGAAUUUGAGAGAUCGUCAUAACCAAGGGCAGCCUAUUCGCACGCUGUUCCAUCAACAACAGCAUCAUCAUAUACAGCCUCUUCUUCCGAUGCCACGAUCUAGGAAUCCAUCCUCAUCUGACAGGCUGCAGUCACAACAAUCGGAAAAGUCAAGGAUGGGAAAUAACACUCUUUUGGCAACACCUCCACAACAACCUAAAAAUAUUCAUAUUAAUCCACAUUUUAAGGGGAAUGUGACACCAGUGCAAGUUCCCCUUCUGCCGAUCCCAAACCAGUCUCGUCCUCCAAUGGGGCCCCCAAGGUUUCCUGGCAUGCCAGAUUUUCAGCCUACUUCAAGUCCAGUGCCAGGCAACUUCAGUCAGCCACCAAGGCUGCAGGAACCGUGGAGAAAUCCUCCUCCACCGCCACCACCACCGCCUAAACGAGAACCGUUCUUCAUGGGAGAUCCGCGAUUUCCCAACCACCAUAUGUUUGAUCAGAGAAAUCCUCCUCCUGUUCCUCCACCGCUCAUAAAUGCCAACCACCCAAUUCCAAACCAAAAUGCUCCACCAUUUAAUCCGCCUGGACAGGGUUUUAACCCACCACCCCGAUUCAAUCAGCCCCAGUCUAACUUCAACCCUCCUGGACCAGGUUCACAGCCAGUAUUUAAUCCGCCAGGUCCACAAGGAGGCUUCAAUCAGCCGGGCUAUAACCAACCUGGUCCACAGUCUGGAUUUAAUCAGCCAGGCCCACAGUCAAGUUUUAACCCACCUGGUCCUCAGCCUGUUUUUAACCCUUCAGGUAACCAACCAGGCUUUAACCAGCCAAAUUUCAACCAGCCAGGACCACAGCCAGCGUUUAAUCAGUCUGGACCUCCUCCACCAUUUAAUCCACCAGGGCUUAACCCGCCUGGUUUUACCCCUUCAAACCCUGGACCGCAGUCUGGGCUUAACCAACCAGGAUCUGGUCUUCAACCAAAUUUCCCUCAGCCUGGACCGCACCCAGGGUUUAACCCCCCAGGAUUUUCUAGAGAGCGCCCUGUUCGCCUCAACAUGCCAGCUCCAAAUCCUUUGGGAAUGCCUCCUUUCAACCAGCCUUCAGGCAACAUAAGACCUUUUGCUCCACCAAGGCAGCAGUUUCCAUCAGGUCCUGGACAACCUUUUAUGCCCCAUUCUCAGUCAAAUAUGCAGGGCCAUAUGCCGCCUCCAAUGCAGCAAUUACAUCAACAUCACCACCAUGGGGUGCCACCAAAAUCUCCAUUGUCAACCCAACAUCCACCUCCAUUUAGAGCACAGACUCCCCAGACACCUUCCCAUAGAAUGCCAGGUCAGCAAAGACAUGGUCCUCCAAAGCCAAGACAGAGCAAUCCUGGCCAAAAUAUGGGAAAGUCUCACAAUCCACAAGCACUACAUCAAAGGAAUAGCAAUUUAAGGGAGUUGCCUAUCGCACCCUCUGCAGAAGUAAACAUGAGAAGAUCUGCCCAGGUCAAGCCUCUUGCACCCACAACGCCACAAACAAUACCAGAAACUGUUGGCACUGCACAAGCAAGCACUACCUGCCCGGUUAAGCAAGAACCGAAGAUUGAAGAGCAGUUCCCUGACGAAGAUGAAGAGACUAGAAAAUAUCGCUUAAAGAUCGAAGAACAGAAGCGCUUAAGAGAAGAGAUUUUAAAGCAGAAGGAGCUGCGACGGCAGCAACAGGCUGGUGCCAGGAAAAAGGAACUGCUUGAGCGGCUUUCACAGCAGCAGCAUCAGCCGCCCAACGUGGCACAGCAGGCCCCACCGGAGGCUGAUAAGCAACCAGCAAAGGUGGAAAUUACCAGCAACCCGAUAAUGACUCACGUCACCGAGCAGCCCCGACCAAAUGUAAAAAAUAGAGUUGUAGCGAAGAAGCCACAGUCGCUGUCACUGGUGACCCCGCAGAAAAUACCCCUUCUGCAGACGUCUGGACCCGGUGUAUCAUUACAGGGUCUGCAGAAGAAGGUUAUUAAACAGACUGUACAAAAUUGGGUGGCAGCAGAAAACCAGGCUGCAAAACUACAACUGCUUCGCCCUGCUGGGUCCCCUGCCCCGUUUGGGCAACAACAGACUUUAAAGAUAGCUCCAGUUCAGGGGAUGCCCCAGGAACAAAGAACCAUGGGUACAAAGAGGACGGUCAUGCAGAGGUCAAACAGCAGCAGUGGCGACCAAGCGCAUCUAGCCACGAAAGUCCGUGUCAUUAAAUUAUCUGGAGCGGGAGAAAAUAUAUCUGUGCAGGCUGCGGAACGCAAUCCACAGGUGCAGCUGUCGCAGCCCGCAGUCCAGCCUCCGCAGAGAAUACCAGUUCAGCAAAGGCAACAGUUUCCACCCAGGGUUCAACAGAAAACCGGACCGGUGAGGAGAGUGACGCUGGGGAAAGGAAGCAUUCAGCAGCAACAGAAUCUGCCGUUUCCGCAGCAGUAUGAAGCCAAAGCUCGUCCACUGUCUUCACUGACAGAGUCCACCCCCCGUGUGGUGAAUAGCAUCCAUGGACAACAUCCGCCAAAUAAGGUCAUUAUGCGAGGUAGAGGCAGAGGUGUAGGUGGACAGAUGGGCCGAGGACGCAUGAUGCCAAAUAAACAAAACCUCCGUGUAGUGGAAUGCAAGCCUCAGCCUUGUGUCGUGUCAGUUGAAGGGCUUUCUUCAUCAACCAGCGAUCAACAAUUGAGAAAUUUGCUGAUGUCAGUAGGACCAAUUCAGAAUCUGCAGAUGUUUCCCAGUCAAAGAAAAGCCAUAGCCACAUUUGAGAGUCCGCAUCAUGCUUCACAGUUCCAACAGAGGUUCCACAGCACAGGGAGCCAGUGGCCAUCUUCCCUGGAGAAAUCCUGAAUGGGCAAGUUCUAAUGGCACAUGAUAGACUUGUCACACAUCAACGUAUCACUCAUCACUGAAUGAACCGAUCCGUUCAUAUUCAUCACGAGCGGACAGUCAGAGGAGAAGAGACUGCCGGACACUGCCAUGUUUCCUUCUCUGGUUUGGAUUUGUUGACUCAAGAAUUCAACUCGCAGGAGACUCGUUACAGUGAAACCAUAAGACUGAGAUUUGCUCAGGAGACUUUACUAUGUGGUUCUUUACUAUAUUGUGUUUUGUGACCCUUGCAUGUAAGGAUGUCUCUGUGAAAGACUCGUGUCAGACUUGGCGAGGAAAAAAACUAAGAGAUCAGUGACAUUUUUGGUCGAAAAGAAUGCAUGAUAAUGGUUACUCUUCUCUUCAGGGCGUACACACCAUUCUACAUCUAGGUUCUUCAUCACUGUAGACAGUUGACUAGCUUCUGAUGCCUUUGUGAGGGGUUCUGGUUGCACCUUCCUAAAAAUGGCAUCUAGUUAGAAAUCAUUACAACAUAUGAUAUUGUAUGCGGUAAAGACUUCCGAUUGUGUGCCCAAAAUGCAAAUUAUCAUCACCCGACAGAGUAUUAUUUAGGGAUAUGUUUUGUAAAAUUUUUAACACUUCUCCGACUAGCUGAAAGAUCGCUCUCCUCUCCAUUAGUCUUGAAGCUUUUAGGUAAAGUGAGAACAUCAGUGGAUUGCACGUAGGAAGAAAACACCAGUUGUCAAUUCAUCAUACCCAGUUUUACCAUUGAGCUUGCAUCGGUAGUUUCUGCACACAGCCGCUUGUUGGGGUGGUGGACAUGUUAAACGUGGUCUAUUGAUGGUCGCGGGCUUGUCAGUAUUUCUACUAUCCAUGUCCAGCAACAGAUGUGAGUAGUGUAUCUGCAUGAGGGGCCAGAUGCAAGUUAUCUUCUGCCCAGAUCUGUAUAGAUAUACAUCAAACUUCAUUUUUAAGUUAGUGAUGUCACCUUUAACAUUAGAGAGGUGCAUGUAGAGGCUAUAAACCUAUUUUCCCCGAUCAUUUAGACAACAUGUCUAAAUCCAAAAUAGUCAUCUCUUUGUGACCUCUUCUAUGGGGCGGACAGAAUAUAGAAUUUAAAAUGAAAAUGUUCAUGAAUACCUAGUGUAUCACCUACCAUGGAAGGUCAAUGCUGUGAGGUACAAGCCUUGAGAUGGUUUGAAUUUUGCAGUAUGAAUGAAAUGGGCUCUGUUCACACUGGUGUCAUGGCGGUUGACUGAUCCCAUCGGCUUAUAAUGGGAUCCAACAGAUUUCCAUCUCUGUUUCUGGUAUUUUGUUUAUUUUUUUUUUUCUUUUAUACAAGUAACGCUUCAGGCUACAAUAUUCAUGUCAUCUUAAAAUGCCGAAACUGUGGAACAAAAGGGAUCACACAAAUGUGAACAGACCCAUUUUGUCUCCACCCUUGCCCUCUGGGAACCACGACUAAGGCUAGAUGUGUGUUCGAGGUGGAGCAUUUUUACCUAUAGGAGUGCUAUCGAAUGAUCACUAUGUGCUGCUCUGCACAGUACAUUGGUCUGUUUGUCAGCACCUUGCUUACCUAAGAGACCCUUUGUAGGUUGAUGGCAUCUUCAGAAGGUAUGCCGUGGAAGCCAAUAGCAUGAAGAGGACAUUCUAGCAGUUAUUGGCCACUUUAAGAAUCCAUUCUUUUGUUUUAGCUACAGUUUCCUGGUAAAUGUCAGUCACUUCUGUCCUAAGACAUUGUAAGUGUUAGGUUAAAAGUUGGAUCAACCUGUUUAAAUGUCUUCACAGGUUCAGUGAUCUUUACUGGAGUAUAGUAUUGACUCCAUAACUUCUUAGGACUCCCGGCCCAACACACUGCGUAAUUAUAUUACCAGGUUCAGCCAGGUGGAAAGUAAUAGCAGAGGCUUAGUUCAUUUCAGCUCUAUCUGCGCUUAUGGUUUCACUCAACUUACUUUCUGGUAUUUCUGAUGGCACGCCACCCUGUUUUUACCAUCAUAUAUACUAGAAGCAGUCUGUAGGGCGGGUCUGCUGUGACCAAUUGGAUCGGUUAGAACAUAAUUUCAGUACAGGGUCAUGGCACAACAUUGGAGUGAAUAGAGCCCUACAGGAAGUGUCUGAUGAAGGACACUCUAAGAUGUGGGACCGAAGACUAGCUAUGCGUUUGCAAUGUUUUCGCCUGCUCCGAGGUGUUAAGAACUUGAUGUAUGCCCAUCCUUGAAGUUUUACUUUUUUAAAACCUCUAAAAUUCUGUGCUGGUCUUAGUACAUCUUUACAGCGUUUGACGCUCUAAAUUUACUGCAUAUACAUGUAAUUAAUUUCUGUCUACCUGUGGCCGCAACUGUACGGUUGGGUUCCACAUUUAAGUUUUUUUUUUUUUUUUUAAGUCAAAAGUGAUGAAUGGACCCAAACGGAGCAGAAGACCCAGUUGUGUAUCCUCCGUUUGAUCUGUUCCUGGCUUUGCAUCAAGAUACCUGAAUGUGGAAACCCAGCCUGAGGAUUUUACAGCAUACUGGUAUGUAUUGAAGUCCAUAAUCAGUAUACAGUAAAGUCACUCUUGUGAUAGCUGCGGGCAGCCUGACCCAUCUUUGCAGUAAAUGUCUAUGCAGUGGAUUCAGAGCAAAGCGUGUUAGAAAGGUAUGGGAAAUAAAUCGAGUGUUAGGCCUAGCAAUUCACUUUACGUAUACUUCAGUUUUAUGUUAGGCUGUACCACUGGGGUUUUGAAAUAAGAUGAAAAUAAAAGCCUAAUGUUUAGCCUUUUUUUGGAAACUUUUUGUGCUCUUAACAUGCAGUUUCAGCGUUGUGUGCGUUUAGUGUUAACUAGCGGCUUAAGGAUCCGAGGUUACCUGGGCAGAAUGUUAAAGAAUUGGAUUAUAAGCGACUUCCUAAUGUGCCACAUAAGUCUGUCUGAACCCAGAAGAAGACAGAUGUAAGGAAUCCAAACAGGAUACAGACUUCUGGUCAGGAGUCUUUGGUAAAGUUUCCUGCGGCUGCCCCUCUGUAGGUUUGACCUUCAGCAGCAUUUAGGGAAAGUAUUUGAGUCAAGGGUUAACUUUCAGUCUCUCUCCCGGGGUAUGUUGCACCUUUGCAGUGUUUUAGGGAGCGGUUCUAUAUCCCCCUCCCCCAGAGUCUUUAAAUAUCUCCAAGGAUGCUGGACCUCUUCUGAUCUUCUGCACCGUUACACGUGGUUUAGAAGUUAGUUUGGUAAAAAUACACUGAGCCAUAUCCUUUUACGUACAACCUUAUUGUUGGUGAUUUAGACUAAGUUUUUUUUUUUUUGUUUUUUUGUUUUUUUUCUU